AUGUUUUCAUUUCAUAGGCCAAAAGUCUACAGAUCAUCGACUGGUUGCUGUAUUUGCAAAGCAAAAUCUAGCAGUUCCAGGUUCACCGAUAGCAAAAAGUACGAGGAAGAUUUUUUGGAAUGUUUCAAAUUGUCGACGCGUCGACAAGGAGAAAUAUGCAAUGCUUGCGUUUUAUUGGUGAAGCGGUGGAAGAAACUGCCACUCGGCUCAGAUAGAAAUUGGCAACAUGUGGUCGACGCUCGAGCCGGUCCCGGCAUCAAAUCAAUGACCAAAUUCAAGGCGAAGAACCGCAAAUUGCUCGAGGAAAAAUUCAAAUCGUCCUCCACGUCGAAAGAGGGAGAGCGAGAGCGCGAGGAGGGACGCGACGGCAGCCCCUCGCCCUCGGACAAGAGCGACGGCAACGCCGAGGGCAACGACGACAUGAUCGACCUCGACCUGAUGAUGGCCGCCGCGGAGGAGGAGCGGCGGCAUCGGGAAGGGGAGGGGCGGUCGAGUCGGGCGGGCAGUCCGGCAGGGGCGGCCAGCGAUCCGGACGACGGGUCUGCUGGGGCGGGCGAGUCGAAGAGCCGGAGAUACAAGGCGUUGGCGAGGCAUCGGGACGACAUCGCGCGGGUGAGCGAUUUCGUCGAUCUGCACUAUUGGAAGAGGGAAACCGUCUGUUGCGGAACGGUCUUCAAAGGCCUCUACGACGAAAUCAUGAUCGAUCCGCGCUUCAUCAAGCCGUGCGGCGGGAGCCGCGCGGCUAUCUGCAAGUCGCAGCCGGAGAAGAUCGACGACAUCGCCGCCUCGAAGGUGUACAGCGACAGCAGUUCCGAUUCCGGGUACGACGAAUCGUCGAAUCAGGGCCCCGGCUCGAUCGAGGGCGCCUUCAAAAAGGACGUCGAAGGUAAUUGA